CGAUUUAACUGAACGCGUCGCGACGCCUCCUCUCAUCGACACCCGUCGAUCUUUCCUUCCCCAAUCGAUCUCUGCCAUCGUGGAUAGGACGUCGAAACUUCUAACGUGAGAUUUCUUGGGGAUGUAUCAACUCGAAGAGUGAAUUUUGGUACACGAUUGGUAAAAAUAUUAGAAAAGGAUAAUAUCAAUGUUUCAGAUGCGUGCUUGAUUAAAAAAGAAUGAAAAUUUUUGAACAUCUGCGUGCGAACGCGCCUCGUCAUCGCCGAAACAGUUGACUGUUUUAAACCGACGAUUAAACAAGGGGAAAAGAAAUAACAAAACAUUAGCUAAUCGCGACAGGAACGACACGCGAGCGUACCGUGAUCGCAGGCGUUAAGUCGAAAUUAAUUAAAACGAGCGUCGAACCUUCAAGAAUUUUAAUCAACGAAAGAAGCACGUUUGGUAGACGAAGCUCGUAAGAAGAAUGUCUUCGAACACGACCACCACCACGACCGUGUUACUGAAGAAGAGGGAAAGGACACAGAAUUGGGUCCCAGAGGAGAAGAACGCUUUGUUCUCGUUGAUCAAAAGCCACGUUAACGCGAUCGAGAACAAGAAAAUCGAUGCCGCGGCAUCGGCUAUGAAAACUCUAGCCUGGCAACAGAUUUAUUGCGCUUUUCGUGGCAGAUUUUCCACCGACCGAGAUAUCACCAGGAUGAGGGAACAAUGGAGAAGGAUGAAAGCACAAGCCAGAAUGGAGAUGUACACGUUUGCGGAGAAGGUGAAGAGUCUGGGCCCCGAAGAGGCUGCCAAAUGUCGUCCAUCGAAUCUCUCGAUCGAGGUGUGGAGAUUAAUGGAAAAUGCGAGGAAAAACGAAGGAGACGGCGAUCGUUCGGACGAGAACAGCCAAGAAGACCCGGACAACCCGAUGAAUCUGCAGACGAUCCUUGACAAACUAACAGCAUCCGCGCCGGAAGUGAUGGUCAAUGAAAUUAAAGUCGAGGCGGAUAGCGACGACGACUACAACACGGAAGAAGAGGCCAGGACAGAAAUUUUCACAAAAAAGUCGAACACGAGGAAAAAACGACCACGGAUAUCCGAGGACGAACCAAUGGAUCUGGCUGAACAGAGGGUACAUUCUGCGGAUGCCAAUGCUCGACAAUUUGAUAAUGAAGAGAGUACGUCAUUCUCCAAUACGAAGGAAAGAAACGAUCGGAUCAAUAAUGAUCAAGAUGAAUCUACUCAAAGAGCGAUAUGGAUGGUGGAGCUGGCUCAAAGGGAACACGAGCUCAAAUUGAGAAUGUUAAACAUCGAAUUGGAACGUGCGGAGCUGCAAAAGCAGACAGCAAUUAACGAAUUGAAAACUUCGGAAAUUAAAAGGCAAUUGAUCGAGAAUCAAGCAGCUGAAUAUUACAGGUCAUAUUCUCGUUCGUUCUGAUAAUGAAUAUAUUAUACAUGUCAUCAGUUUGAAUUUUUGGAAUAUUGGAUUACUUAAAAAAUUUCAAUUUCCCAAAUUCGGGGUAAAACUUGAAUUAAUAUUGCCGCCAAACUAGCGCCAGGGACGGACGGUUUGCGAACCAUCUGCCGGAAUAAGUAAUAGGAACGUGUCGUUCUACUAGUAGUGUAUGGUUUCUAUUGGAAUCCUCAGAAACUACUGUACUUUGAAUUUUCUACGUAGAGAACAAUGCAACGAGCUAUCGCUACGUUUUCUCGGAGUAUGGCUUCGCUGAGUUUAAUUCGGCAUCAGCUAUUGCACGGUUUUAGGACAAGGCACAACCAAGUGAGAAUGGUUGGUGAACGUGGAUCAGGUGCUGGCCACGGCGGAGGCGGUGGUGGUGCUAUUCGAGAGGCUGGAGGUGCUUUUGGAAAAAUGGAAGCUGCCCAUGAAGAUCAAUAUUUUUACAAUCAAG